UCCAUCCGCUGUAUAAUUGCGUUAUGACCUGGCAAGAUCUAUUCUGAUAAUAAUCCUGAAGUUCCAUGGCCUUUAGCUCGUCCAAUUUGUGGCGUUCCCUUGUUGAUAGAUGAUCUCCUCUCACUAGUUACAGCCGGUCAUCAACCUCGGCAACUUACUGUCACCUGGACGGGGAUGGUAUUUACUAUUUAGAGGCAACAUUCCAACACCACAUUUCUCGAGCAAGAUAUCUCGACGAGUCAGUACACGACCUCACUAAGAUACGUGUCGAUUGAACGAAUAAGUGUCAAAAAUUAGACUUGUGUUCCUGGUGCUGCAAAUCCCGUUGACGUCACUGCCUCUUUAUCUCACUCCUCGGCAAUAACUAUGCCUUUCAACACAGCUCUCACCCGGAAGCUAGGGAUCUCAAUUCCUGUGGUGCAAGGUGGGAUGCAAUGGGUCGGUUACUCUGAACUGGCCGCGGCAGUGAGCAAUGCAGGUGGGCUAGGCAUCCUUACGGCCCUCACACAACCCACACCCGAAGACCUGAGAAAGGAGAUCCGCAAAUGCAGGAGCAUGACCAAGAAGCCGUUCGGGGUAAACCUGACUCUGCUGCCCGCGCUGGUUCCCCCCGACUACGGAGCGUACGCACAGGUCAUCAUCGAAGAAGGCGUGAAGAUUGUAGAGACGGCAGGCAACAACCCUGGCCCUGUGAUCGCGCAACUCAAGCAGGCGGGGACGACCAUCCUGCACAAAUGCACGACGAUCCGGCACGCGAAAUCCGCGGUGAAGCUGGGCGUGGAUUUCCUGUCGAUCGACGGCUUCGAAUGUGCGGGCCACGUCGGCGAACACGACAUCACCAACUUUAUCCUGCUGAGCCGGGCACGCCAGGAGCUCGGCGGUAUCCCCUUCAUCGCCUCGGGAGGUUUCGCGGACGGCCAGGGGCUCGCCGCCGCCCUGAGCUUGGGAGCAGAGGGCAUCAACAUGGGCACGCGCUUCAUGUGCACCAUUGAAGCCCCCAUCCAUCUCAAAGUCAAGGAAGCCAUCGUCAACGCACAGGAAACCGACACCGCGCUCGUCAUGCGCCGGUGGAAGAACACCACCCGCCUCUUCGCUAACCAGGUCACCCGCGAGGCCAUCAAGGUUGAAAAGGAGAGCACUUCGGGUGAGUUCUCGGAGAUUGCGCCUUUCGUCAGCGGGAAACGUGGACGGCAGGUUUUCCUUAACGGCGACGUGGACUUUGGGGUCUGGACCGCUGGCCAGGUCAUCGGAUUGAUACACGAUAUCCCUACAUGCGCAGAACUCCUGACACGGAUCGAGAAGGAAGCAUUAGAGUCGAUGAAAAAGACAGAGUCAUUGUGGGUUGAGGGUAUCUCGAGCAAGCUGUAGGCUAUGCACGAAUCUAUCGGGAGUAUUUGAUAUUGUAAUUUUUAUCUCAACCUAGGUCCCUAGAUAGUAAUAAAGAAUGAAAUAUGCUCAGAUUAAAUCCAAG